CCACCAGGAUGUGGCACUCGGUGGCUCUGCUCCUGUCUGGAUUCUCUGCUUUGAUCCACGUGUCCUUACAGGGUCCUCACCAGAGGAACCUGUUGAAAAACCUCCUGAAGGACUACAACCGGAUGGAGCGGCCGGUGGGCAAUGACUCCCACCCUCUCACCGUCGUCUUCUCCCUCAGUUUGAUACAGAUCAUGGACGUGGAUGAGAAGAACCAGGUGCUCACCACUAACAUCUGGCUGCGGAUGAGUUGGUUCGACCACUAUCUCCAGUGGAACCAGAGCGAGCACCCCGGAGUGAAAAACCUCCGCUUCACCACAGACCAGGUGUGGACGCCAGACAUCCUGCUCUACAACAGUGCAGAUGACGACUUUGACUCCACCUUUAAGACCAAUGUUCUGGUGAACUCCAGUGGCUACGCCGAGUACCUGCCUCCAGGAAUCUUUAUGAGCACGUGCAACGUGGACGUUCGCUGGUUCCCUUUUGACAUCCAGAGGUGUGAGCUGAAGUUCGGCUCUUGGACGUACGAUGGCUGGCUGCUCGAUCUCCAGAUGAACGACGCGGACAUCUCAGGCUACAUGGCCAAUGGAGAGUGGGACCUAAUCGGAGUUCCUGGCACCAGAAACGAGGCCUUCUAUGACUGUUGUAAGGAGCCUUACCCUGACGUGACGUUUGUUGUGACGAUACGCCGGCGGACUCUGUACUACGCCCUGAACCUGCUCAUCCCCUGUGUGCUGCUGUCCUCGAUGACCCUGCUCAUCUUUGUGUUGCCAGCUGACUCCGGGGAGAAGAUCUCACUGGGUAUCACUGUCUUGCUGUCUCUGACUGUUUUCAUGUUGCUGGUUGCGGAGAUCAUGCCAGCCACAUCUGACUCCGUCCCUCUCAUAGGUCAGUACUUCGCAAGUAUAAUGAUCAUCGUUGGGAUGUCGGUCAUCGCCACAGUGGUCGUUCUGCAGUAUCAUCACCACGAUCCAAACGGGGGAAACAUGCCGAAAUGGGUGCAGCUCGUCCUGCUGCAGUGGGUCGCCUGGUUCCUGCGUAUGAAGCGACCGGGAGAGAAUGACGACCCAGAGCGGCCCCCCUGCGCCCCCCACUUGCGGCGCUGCUCCUCGGGUUCCCAGAGCGGCAGCAUCCCGAACCCUCAGGACCCCACCCUCCAUCCGCUGCACCCACAGAACCUGGCCCCGCUCCAAACAGGGCCCCUCCACGCGGGGCACCCUCACCUCCACGCCCAGUCCAGCGCCAACAACAAUGGGAACCUUCUUUACAUGGGCUUCCAGAGCAUAGAGGACCCUUCGAUGCUCUCGGAGGCUGUCCAGAGGAAUAACAUCUCCACGGGGCCUCCGAGAGUAGCAGGAAGCCCGCCUCCGCACCUGCCAUCUCAAUUCUGCAGCUCCCCUCCACCUCCGACCCCCAACAUGGAUACAGGCUGCCCCAGCACUGUCUCCAGUGGCGGGGGCUUCGGAGUUGGAACUGGAGGGCUCGGAGGGUGCUCGACUGCGGGGAUAGGAGACCCCCAGCUACAGGCUAUCCUGGAGGAGGUGCGGUACAUGGCGGACCGCUUCCGGGAGCAGGACGAGGCCGAGAGCGUGAGUGACCAGUGGAAAUUCGCAGGCGCUGUGAUCGACCGCCUGUGUCUGGUGGCCUUCAGCGUUUUCAACAUCAUAUGCACCAUCUCCAUCCUCAUGUCUGCCCCCAACUUUGUGGAGGCUAUUUCAAAGGACUUCGUUUGAAAGCAAAGGGGAAAAAAAAAGAGGAGGGGAAGCGUGAAGAAAUGGAUGAGGGGAAUUAAAUACAGAAUGAAGGAUGAAGUGGGCCUGGAUCCAAGGAAAUACAAUUUCCAGCUGACUGUACGCUCUGUGAUUUGUGAUUGCGAGGAACUGGGAAAUAGAAAAAAAAACAAAAAAACAACAACAAAUGGUUUUCUUUGCAAUAGAUUCUGUUUUGUAACUGAAAUAUAAGAAGAAAACAGAUGAGGACGGGGGUAGCAGCGUGAACUUAGAAUGAGAUUAGGGUGAGCAGGGUGCUUUAUCAGAUCCUUGACAAGGUGAAAUGGAUUCUUCUCUGUCAAAGACUUUCCCCCAAAAUCAGGAGAAAGGGAAAAGGAAAGAGAAGAUUAUCAUUCAGAAGCAAACUCAAGUAAGAAAGCUUUUAAAGCAGGGGGAGAUUGAGAGAGCAAGAGGGGAAAAAAGACAGGCUUUAGAGGGGGACAGAUAAAUAAGACAGACAGUUGGCUGUUUUAUUUUCUCGAGGAGUAAAGACAGUCCUUCACUCCCACAUGUUGAGAAAAGACUGCAUCCUUUAAAGUGAUGUGAGGAGGAGAGGGCGGGGAGACGAGAAACAGACUUCUACAAGGACGGGCAACAGAGAGCGGCCGAGAAGGAACCAGACCACGUCCCUCGUGACGCUGGCAGAACGAGCGUCCUGAUGCUCGGAUAUACAAAACUGGACUGAAGAUCUAAAGAUCGCUGCGGCCGAGAGGAACAGAGGAGGAUCUCAUCUAUUAUUCAAUCACAUCCAUCUAAUGACCGUCAAAUUGAAAGACCUUAGAUAAUCUUUGAGACUAAUAAGCUUUUAAAAGAUGAAGUCCCCUCUCUGCUCGCAAACCACUUUAAAUUUCCAAAGCCUUAUCUGUUUGAGACGAUUGCCAAUCUGCAACAAUCAGCAGAGAUCAAAAGCUCCUCAGCAGCGGGCACAGUUUGCAGCGCCUAUCAUGACCGGGGAACUAGAUUAAACGGUCAUCAGCGACAGCAGUGGCCGGUGGCUCCACCAGAGUGGAGGCUUAUAAACCACUAAUAAGUCAUGAGGUGGUUACCUAACUGCAUCUGACAGGUCCUAAUAGGCCAGCGGAUCUCAUUGGAUUUUAUAUGAAAGGUUUUAAAAACUGAAACGGGCGGUCAGGUCUUUUAAAAGAAGAGAGAGGCACAGAGAAGGGAUAAGAUCAUUCAGAUUACCAAAAUUUACAUGGAGAAGCAACAACCCAUCAAAUUUCUGCCGGAUCCCUUCGGGGCUUUACAGCUUCAUCAUGAGCGAUUUCACAUCGAUCUGAAAUAAGUGAUGGGAUUUUAAUAGAGAUACAUUCAUGAAUUUGGCUCCAGUUGCUAAAGUGGUGAUUUAAAAAGGUUUAGAUGUUGAAGUACGACCUUCAGCCAGAGAGAAGCUUCAGGAAAUUGGUGUCAAAUGAACGGAAUAUGUCUUGAAUUACUUUGGUUGGAGAGGUCAAACAAACAUAAAUGACUUUUUUGUGUCUCUGCUAGCAGUUUGAAUGUAGGCUGAAUGCAAUGUUAGCCUAGCUUAGCUCAUUUCAUAGAUGUCAGUGGGUUCACAUGUUAAAAUUCUCAGAGGAUUGCUGUCUGACCUGACAAAAGUACAUGUUUUGUUAUGCAUUUAAGCAAUUUACAGAAAAUUCGAUAAGAUCAAAUUUACGAUCUCCUUCUUUUGUUCUUACUACGACUGUUCAAAACUAAAUAAUGGGGAAUUUAUGCAGUAUAAUACCCUUAAAAAUUCCUAUAGUGGGAUGUCAUAUUAUACACAUGAAAACAACCCAGCCACCAAAAUAAAUGUUAGGUUUGCAGAAGUGUAUUUAGCUAAGUUCAAACUUUACAUUUCUUUUGGUUAAAUUGUCUAUUUCUCUCUGUCACAAUAUGUGCUUAUUCUCUGGUUAGGUUAAGGCACACAGAUCAUGUGGUAAUGGUUAGAAAAACAUCAUGGUUUGGCUGAAAGUACCUGUUUUGGUUGCCACAAACACAGAAAUGGCCUGACUUCCCCUGAAAUAGAUCCGAUUUUGUUGCCACACACAGCUGGAAAUUGUCCCCAGGGCCCCCAGAAAUAUGUGGUGGUGCCACGCUUACAAAUGUUGAAACAAUGUGCACCUUCAGCAAAAAAAAUCCAGUAGAUCCGCACUCUUGAGUGUCCACAGGUUCGAACAAAUUCGAACUUACGCGCUAUGGUCAACUGCAGACCGACCGAUUAAUUCGACUGCAGUCCAAUAUUGAAGGUCAGGUAAUAAACACGUAACGUGAACAUGAUACGGGAAAAUUUGUACUAAUGUAUGCUACUUACAAACUCGGACAUAUCUGUGUCUUGCAGAAACAUUAACUGCUGACAUAUCCUCACGACGGGGCUGGUGAAAAUUACCUUUUCGUGACACUAAACCCGUCUGGGAUGAUGAUUCAUACGUGUCCCAAACCUCAAUUUACGGCUCACUAUACAGCAAACGAUCGAGUGUCUAUUAUAAGGGGAAUAGUGAAAGAGUUAAUGAGCGAGUGAUUCUGGACACGACCCAAGAUUAUAAGAGACAGAUGAGUCAUUCAAAAUAGCUAGAAGCAACACAGUCAGUGUACCUUUAAUGGCUCAGUUCAGCGCGGAUAAUUGCUGAGUCUCCCGACGGUUCACUGCUUCGGAGAUGGUGUCACUUUCUCCUCAGUGCUAGUUUCCAUGUGGAUGCAGCUAUGACGCACAGCCACCGAUAACAAAUAUAGAAUUGUCAGGAAAAACAGCUUCAGCUCUGGGGAUUUUCUCUAUUUGUCAAAGAAUAGUAGUGAAUAUUGUUUAUUGUGUCAUUGUUCUUUUUGUCAGAAAGGAACGUAACUGGUGAAAACUAAGGGAAGCACCGUACUGGAUUUGUGCUGAUACGAUGCUAUUUUUUGGCUCGUUUUGAUCUGUUGCAGAUGCCGACAUAGUCACACAACCUCUCCUGUAGUGAAGAUAAUAUGUUGUUGUGUCUAGUCUUAUUGUGACAGCCCACAGACAGAUGCAAACACACAAUGCUUUUCAAAUGUGCUCAUUUUGGGCAGUGCGGAUAUUUCAUUUUAUAUUAUUGUUCGGGCCUUUAGCCUCUAUUUUUCGGAUAGCUCUCAAUCCACCACAGGCCUGCUUCACAAAAAAUUGCCAAGGAGCCAGACUUUUACAUUCCCUGACCUGUAAAACCUCAUUUGAAUGUGUUUAAAGGAUGCACUUUUUAUUCAUCAGGUGGCGAAGGCUCACACAUUCUUUACUCAAGUACAAGUACAGACUCUGGUAACAGAAGACGUACUGAUUCAUCAUUUUGAUCUAAUUCAGACUUUAAACUUAAAGGUGGAAUCAGCAGGAUUUGUCCGAGCUGUUUGUAAAUGCAACAGAAAGAUAGCUGAUCGUUGAGUCUAAUUCUCAGGGCGUCAAAUAUCAACAUGUUGCGCUGGAAAAGUCCCAUGAGUAGUAAAACAAACAACUGAGAAAAUAAGAAAAUCCACUUAGAAACUUAGAAACAGAAACAAACACAGCUUUUCUCCCCAUUUGAGUCUCCCUCAUCAUGUUACAUCUGCCGUGUGAUAGGCGCUGAUAAAUCAGUAAAAUCAGUGUUCUGAUGUUGGGAAGACAGUGUGCAAAAUGGAAAUAAUCAACAAUUCCCCUCAAAUCGCAUUUAAACUAAAGUCGCAAGCCUUUUUUAUGUUAAUGUAAGGAGCAGAAAGUAAAAUGUUGUCAGAGAAAUAAAUACUCGUGUAAAUGAUAGCUGAAAAAUCAACAAAGUAUUUGUACCCAGCCUGGGUUAAAUCGAUCUAAUGAAGAAGAGUAUUUUUGUGCUUAGCAACACAUCCAGCUAAUGAACGGGCGAAUGACUCCUCUGGCAGAAUGAUUAAAGGGCCCCGGGGCUGCCAGUUGAAUGGGUCUGCUCCACCAGGUCAGCUAGCAUAUUUCAUUUUUUAGAGCCUUUAUCAGCCGAUACCAAUGUCACGCACCCCUGGCGAGAACAGAUGUUUUUUGUAUUAAACCCUGGAUAAAAUGUGUUCGCCCUGCACCCUGAGCCGCCGACACCUGUGAUUGAGCAAUCUAAACCGUGCUCAUUACUCAACCAUACGAUCAAGUGUAAGCGAGGUUAGCCUGACUGUGGAAGGAGAGAUUCCUCUGAAAACCGAGCAGCCCUUUAAAGGAUAAGGCGUGGAGUUGCUCUGUAUUUUUUUUUUUUUUUUUUAGUUAUUGUCAACAAAUCCCAUGGAAAAAAAACCCCAAGAAACCCACUGUCGCCCAAACAGUCUGCUGCGCGCUGCAGUUUUUUUUUAAGCAGACAGGCGUAAA